AUGACGUUAGAAAAUAUAGACGACCUGCUCGUGCGCUAUCUCGGCCUUUUGGAUGAGUACACACGGCUGCGAGAAUCGCUGGUGGCCCGUCAGACUGCUAUGUAUGGCCAGCUGACCCGAGCGAACUUUGCUGCUGAACGUGGCUUUCGCUACGGUCCAGACCACUUUGACGGUCGCAUGCAGGCCACGGCACGCGUCGAAAUGUCUUUUAAAGCCGAGGUUAACGGUACGACUGGCGACGUACCGUCUUUUUCCAUCUGCAGACCGGCAAAGCCAGUGGCGAAAGAGGAGAGUAGCACGGGCGGAAGCACGGACAAGGCUGGCAAUGAGGCCGGCGAGACCGGGAAGAAGGCAGCCAAGGUGGUGCGGCCGCUGCGGGAUCCGCUUCAGUGGUUCGGGAUGCUGACGCCAAUGGCUCUGCGGCUGGCGCAAAAGGAGGCCAUCGAGGCGGUAGACAGCAUUGUUCCGCGGCUGGCAAGCGUCAACGCCGAGAUGGCGGCAGUGGAGAUUGAGGUGCGGCGGGCCCGCAAGAAGCGAGCGCGGGCAGAGGCUGCGCGGGAGAAGGAACAGCAAGCAACAGCGGCAGACAUGACAAGGCAUCUGGACGGAGCGGACUUGGAGACUGCUGCAUAG